AUGGCUACACCAUCCACAUCUUCCGAAAACCCAUCAUCCUCCACGCCUCACAAAUACAACAUCCGCAACCCGCUCCCGCUCUCAGCAACCCAAGAACAAGAAGUCAAGAGGCUUUACUACAAGCGUGUACGAGGCUACUGCGCUGAUGAGAUAAAAGCCUUUGCCGAAUGCGCCGUCAAUCGCACCGUCACUGCUACCUGGAUCUGCCGCUCACAGCGCCUCGCCAUGAAUUCGUGCAUGGUCGCCCACGCAAAACCCGAGGAAGAGGACCGGGCCCGUGAAGAGUGGUUCGCAACACAUGAAGAGCGGUGCCGCGCACGAGAGGAAGAAGCAGUGCGCGUCGAGAAGCGGCGCGAAGAAGUUAUUCGCAUGAUGCGCGAGGACGACGCGCGGAGACAACAAGCUCAGACCCAGGGACGAUGA